AUGAGAAAGAGGUCUGCCCACCGGAUUAUCCAGUGUUUGUACCCGGGGUCCCUCCCAUGUACCAACGGCAGGGGGUGUAUACAGGAGGCGGAACGCUGCGACGGAAUCGUGCAGUGUAGCGACGGGUCGGACGAAGACAACUGUCUGGCACACUACGCCAAGCACGGCCUUGGUUUGGCCCAGCCCGUGGUAAAGCCUCAAGCAGUCGUCACUACAGUACAGAAACAUCACCCGGCUCCUGUCGUGAUGAAGUCCCACCCACCCCCUGCCCCGGUCAAAGGUCAACCCGUGAUGGUCCAACCGGUCAAAGGUCAGCCCGUGGUGGUCCAGGCGCCCAAACAGGUGGUCAUGCUGCAGCAGGUGGUCAACCUGGCCUGCCAGACCGGCUACGUCAUGGGCGAGGACCACCUCUGCUACCGCUUCUCCACCGACGUGGUCAAGUACGCCGACGCCGAGAGGGCAUGCGCGCAGGACGGCGCCGGAUUGGCUGUCCUCAAAGACGAGGUUUCUCACGGGUUCGUGUACGGGUUUCUCCAGGCGUUCAACCCUCACAACCCCCACUGGAUAGGCCUGGACGACAGGGCCAUCGAAGGCCAGUACGUGUACGCUGACGGCUCGGCCCUGGGGAAGUUUAACCACUGGGACACCGCCCAGCCUGACGACGCCGACAGGGACCAAGACUGUGUGCAGAUGCAGGGGUACUACUGGGACGACAGGGCCUGCUGCGAGGAGAAGCACUACAUCUGCCAGGCACCUCCUGCCCAACAGAUCACGUGCUUCUGCCACAACCACUCCAACCAGUGCACCAUGGACGGCGGCUGCGCGGACUGCCAGCACAACACCAUGGGCGCGCACUGUGAGAUGUGUCAGCCCGGGUUCGCAGGCGCGGCCACCCAGGGGACCCCCAACGACUGUCUGCCCAUCCAGACCUACAGGCUCAUGCACGUCAAGCAACCUCUCCUCGUCAUGCAACCUAAGGGGAAGUAG